GGCGCCGGGACAGGGGAGGGGACAGCGGACACCGAGAGCGGGCACCGAGAGCGGGCACUGAGAGCGGUGAGUGCGGGACGGGAGAGCCCACCCUGAGUACAGGGGGGCGGGAAGAGACGUUCCCUGGAGCGGGGCUGAAGGAUGACAGCCAUCCUGGAGCGGCUCAGCACGCUGUCCCUCAGUGGGCAGCACCUCAGCCGGCUGCCCCGGCUGCUGGAGGACGGCCUGCCCAAGAUGCCGUGUACGGUGAAGGAGUGCGAGGUGCCACAGCUCUUCCGCGAGCCCUACAUCCACAGCGGCUACCGCCCCACCGGCCAGGACUGGCGCUACUACUUCCUCAGCCUCUUCCAGAAGCACAACGAGGUGGUCAACGUGUGGACUCAUCUCCUGGCGGCCUUGGCCGUGCUGCUGAGGUUCAAGACGUUUGUGGAGGCUGAGCAGUUGCUUGUGGAUGCGUGGUCCUUGCCGUUGCUCAUCUUUGUCCUCUCCUCUGUCACCUACCUGACCUGCAGCCUCUUGGCCCACCUGCUGCAGUCCAAGUCGGAGCUGUACCACUACACCUUCUACUUUGUGGACUAUGUUGGAGUCAGCAUCUACCAGUAUGGCAGUGCCCUGGCUCAUUUCUACUACAGCUCUGACCAAGCCUGGUAUGACAAGUUCUGGCUUUUCUUUCUGCCAGCAGCAGCGUUCUGUGGCUGGUUGUCCUGUGCUGGCUGCUGCUAUGCCAAAUACCGGUACCGACGGCCUUACCCCAUCAUGAGGAAGAUGUGCCAGGUGAUCCCAGCAGGGCUGGCUUUCAUCCUGGAUAUCAGUCCUGUGGCUCACCGGGUGGUUGUGUGUCACCUGGGGGGCUGUGAGGAGGAUGCUGCUUGGUACCACACGUACCAGAUACUGUUUUUCCUUAUCAGUGCUUAUUUCUUUUCCUGCCCUGUCCCUGAGAAAUACUUCCCUGGCUCCUGCGAUAUUGUUGGCCAUGCCCACCAGAUUUUCCACACCUUCCUGGCCAUCUGUACCUUGUCACAGCUGGAGGCCAUUCUUUUGGAUUACAAGAACAGACAGGAGAUUUUCCUGAAGAGACACGGGCCUUUCACCGUUUAUCUCUCCUGCAUCUCUUUCUUUGGCUUGGUGGCCUGCAGUGCCAUCACAGCUUACAUCCUGCGAUGCAGGAUCAAGGCCAGCCUGGCUAAAAAGGACUCCUGAGAGUCACAGAUGUGACAGGCAUGACAUCACCAGAGAAAAUCAAGGAAAAGGGCAUAACAUACUAGAGACAUGACUGUCUUACUUGCCUAACACGCCGUGACUAACCAGGACCCUGGAUUCAGAUGGAGGGCUGGACACUUCAUGCUGGAUGCAAUUUCACAGCAGGGAUUGCCUUUUGCCAUCCAGGGGGGGGCAUGGAGUAUUUUAAGCCAGAAUAAGUCACUGAACCAAGGAUGCUGAGAUAGGCAGAGGUUCCUUGUUCAUUCUGGUAGAGCUGUGGGUGAGACCUUGCUAAGGUCAGGGAGGGCAGCCUGGAGGCUGUGGGACAGCAGGAGGGUGUGCCAGGGCUCACAACACCAUGAGGAGCACAGCUGGAUGUGAUGACCUCUCUGGUUUGGCCAUAUCUGUGUGAGAACUGUUCCUAUCAAAGGCAGCAGGAAGGUUUCAGGAAGUUUGUGUUUCUAGGAUUGGGGUGUGAGGGCACAUGUGGCACCGUGGCUGCUAGAAUCCUUUUCCUGUUCCAGCCAGGUUCUCUCUGAGCUCCCCUUGUCAAGGGUGUCAAUGCCAGGUCACUUAGAUGGCUUUGGGAGAACAUCUUUGGAGAUCCUGGCUUGACCUGGGGUCCUCUGGGACAAACUGGGUUGGUGUCAUCUGUCUAGGGAGCCUGACCAACCUCUAGCAAUGUCCAUGAAAUGUGGACUAACUUGGAUGGGAUCUGUUUGAUACAGGAAAGGCUCUGCUCCUCCAACAACACUACUGUGGUCAUGGCCAACAGGGUGUAAAGGUGAAGGAGUCUUUAUUCCCCUUUUAAAGGUGCUUUGUGUCCUUGGUCAGCAUUAUGGGAAAGCUGACCUUGAAGCUGCAGGGUUGCUGUUCUGUGAUGAGUGGGGCUGUGGCUCUGGCAUGUUUUUAUCAGUAUUAAAUGAAAGUGGAAGAACAAAAGGAAAAGCAGGGUGACAUCAUUAGGGUCCUGCACAACCUUGGUAUGGGUUUGUACUUGGGACUUGGUGAUUCCUGUGUGGAGUAGCAAAGAGAGUGGUCAGGGUCACUUAAUGUCCAUGGGUCACUCCUGUCCAAGGGAACAAAGGCUGGAUUACUGUGUCCCCCACUAGAAGAAUCUAUUCUGUGCUUGCCUUGGGGGAAUAUUGAUCAUGGAGCCACCAAGGAGGAUUAAAUCCUUGCUAAAACCAAGGAAUCCAUGGGAUCCAUCCCAGCCACGGAUUUGUCUCAUUGAGCCCAAGGGCAGGCAAAUGAAUUGUGAUUGCUGGUUCUGAGCAGGCAGAGUGUAGGGUUGGGGAUAUGGUUGGUGAUGACGAGCACUGAUUUCUGCAUUUCAUCUGUGUUUCAGCUCUUGAGGUGUGUGUGUUCAUGUGUGUGCAUGCGAUUUGUUAUCCAGAAAGGCUUUGCCUUGGGAUUUUAUAUCUGCAGAGCCUCCUAGCUGGGUCAAGAUUAACCUGAAGGAAACAGUGCUGUCCUGCUGGAGGAGCAAGGUGGGCUGGACAACAGAUUUGUUAAUAGAUGGUGGAAAACAGACCUGUAGAUUGGCAGUUUGCUGGUCCUGUGUUUAGUAGGUAAAUUUGGGACUCAUGGCCCUAUGGAGAAUUAAAUACAAAGGGAGAGGGAAGUAAGUUUGGAAUAUAGGAGAAGAAGUCAUAGGAAAGCCUUCAGGAGGUCAUCAGCUCCACCCUUUCUCAUCAGUCCUGGUCUCAGCUUAGAAAUUAAUUACUUGAUUUCAUAGUAUGUUUUUGAUGGUACAGAUGGUACAGCCAUGCUGACCUAGAAGAAAAUCUGCCUCAGGGGAGAUGCCAAGCAGGGGUGGUCCCACUUGCACCUCGUUCAACCUCUUCCCAUGCACAGAAGUUCAUCUCACCACAGAGUGAGCCAGUGCCGGGAGAGGGACCUUUGGGAAACCAAUCCUACUGAAAAAAUGUCAGUAAUUUUCGGCUGGUUUUAAUUCUGAGCCAACUCACUUGGACAAUGCAGCUGCUGGCAAGGAAGGGCUGGAGUGGUGGCCAGCAGCAGCUCCUCCUUGUAUGGCAGCUGGCUGCUCAGCUCACUCAGCUGCACUGCUCCCUCCAUGGCCUCUGGCUUUGUUUGUGGGUCUCCUCCCAGUUUGAGAAAAGGCUUCCAGUGCGAGCAGCUUUUUCUCACAGCCUAAUUUGCCUUGGUUUUGUGGUGGGUAAGGCAGAACAAGGCUCUGGGUGUGGAACUGGCUGGAUGGUAUCAGUGAGUUCCUGUGCUGAAACAAAGGUAAAUCAAGUUGGUCCAGAGCUCAUUUCUGAGAUAAAAUGAAGAAGGAUUUGGCAUGGCUGGUAAUAGCAAACCUGCUCUGCUGCUACCUGGAGUUAUACUGGUACCAAAGGAAGGGAUCACCCAGGUGUCCCCUUCUCUGAGGGUUUGAAAGCAGAUGACAUGCCCUGCCUUUGUUGAAGGAGGGUGAGUACAGUAAUCUUUUUCAGGGACAGGGAGAGGAGCCCACAUGGCUCUUCCAAGGUACUUCUGAUCAUAUCUGGUACUUCUGAUCAUAUCUUCUCCUCCCUGGCUGAGCAGAAGUGGGCAGUGGAGCAGUGGUGUGACAGUGGAGGUGGUUCUGCACAGUCCCACGUUUCCCCUCAGGUGAAGCUGAGCCCAUCUCCGUGUGACCCUGCACUCCCACCUGGAGCUGACUCCUGGUUACGAUGAUGGGUGGAAUGAGCUGGGAUCUACAAUACAGAUCUGUGCUGCUGUGAGGAUGCGCCCUUGUGUCACAAGGGGCUCACCAACACUGGAGCUUCCUUCAUCCCUGUCUCCAUCCUCCUCUUCCUCCAACCAGCUUCUUUCUUUCCUUUAUCAUUGUGCCUUAUGCACCUGGCUGCCUUCCUGGGCAGACUCCACAUGCUGCAGUCUCAGCUGGGAAGUGGCUGUGGAGGCUUUGCCAGUGAUCCAGAGGAUACCAAGGCUGGAUCUGGAAAAAUCCAAAGUGCCUCUGUGAUAAAUGCUCAGCUUGUCUGAGCCCCCCAGGAGCUUCUCCUUGGGCUCACUGCUUGGAGCAGGUCUCCUCCAUCCUGGUGUUCCUAAGGAGGCAUGGCUGGGAAGAACGUACCAGUGGCCAGGCUUGGUGAAGAGCUGACCACCAAGGGUUGAGCACACCUGAGAUCCCUCAGGGAUUCCUGAGGUCACAGUCCUCUUCCUCAGGAAUCUCUGGUACUGAGGUAGUGUUCCUUCAGAUCUUGCAAACCAGGACAGCUCCUGAGAAUUCAUCCCAAUGUGCCUUGUGCUAUUUCUUUUGGGGAUUAAUCCUGAAGGAACCUGAGGAUCAAGGGCAGCCUCUUUGCUGUCUGCGCCAUAGUCCAUGGUUGCUGUUAACAGCCAAUUCCCACUGACAGGAUUUGCUCCGUGUACAGAGCAGGAGAGGAGGAUGGAGACAGGUGCCUUCAAUUUGUAUUUAUGCCUAAUUUGUGUAACAAGGCAAGGACAGGUUCCUCAUGUGCCUUGCAAUUUACAUCUUUUACUGACAAGAUUAUUUUUAAGCACUGUUUGUUACUAAACAGAAAUACAAAAGAGUUUGUAUUUUUUUUUCCUUUGGGAAACAGGGAAGGAUAGGAGUGUUCCUUAUUAACCAUCCCCUUCCCAACUCCCACCUGCUGACUUUGUAUUGUUGAAAACAUUGACAAUAUUUUAAGCUUUGUACUGUACUGAUCUUUAUUUAAAAACUUUAAUGGAAAAAAAAAAAUCUGUGAAAGCAAAACAA